AUGUAUAUAUGUGGAAUACGAUAUAAAUACUUAGAGAAUGGGAAGACUUCAAUAUUUAGCGGCAGUUCUGAUAAACUUUAUCGACUCGAUGCGUUAUAUAGAGGAAUAAAGAAAAAUGAGAAAAAAUCAACAAAACCUAGACCAAUUACCUUCACGAUACUCAAGGACAUUUGUCAGUUGUUGAGGAAAGGGUAUUAUACUCCGUAUGUAGACAUUCUUCUGGAAGCAGCGUGUGUCACGGCAUAUUUUGGAUUUCUCCGAUGUGGGGAAUUUACAGUACUACAUUCGUUUGAUUCAGAAUGCAAUGUGAGUAUCGAAGACAUCCGAUUCCUUAAGGAUAAAGUUACUUUUCAUUUGAAAGCUUCGAAAACAGACCCAUUCCGUGAAGGUGUUGACAUUCAUUUAUUUGCGUCGGGAGUUUCUGUUUGUCCAGUCUUAUCUCUGGAACGUUACAUGGACUAUCGUUCUAGGAAAUUCAAAGAUAGUAAAUCACAAGACGCUUUCUUUGUGAUGGAAAAUAGGAAAGCUUUAACACGAAACUACUUCAUUUCUUCUCUAAAAAACAUACUUGCCGUACUUGGAUACAACUCAGACUUAUAUAAUGGUCACAGCUUUCGCAUUGGAGCAAGUACCACAGCAGGUUCAAAAAUUGAAGAUCACCUUAUUCAGACACUCGGACGGUGGAGUUCACAGUGUUAUACUCGCUAUAUCAGAACAUCUUUAUCAACGAUACAGCAAGCUCAACAAGCAUUACUCGAAUGA